AUGGACGGUCGGAUCUUCAGCCUCCUGACGCUCUGCUGCCUGCUGCACGGCUCCCAGCAGGGUGUGUAUCAGCGGCGUCUCUAUAAGGAGCUGAUGAGGAACUACAACCCGCUGGAGCGACCCGUCAGCAACGACUCGCACAGCCUCACCGUGCACUUCAGCUUCAGCCUGCUGCAGAUCAUGGACGUGGAUGAGAAGAACCAGGUCCUGACCACCAACAUCUGGCUGCAGCUGUACUGGACAGACUACUACCUGCAGUGGAACAUGUCCGACUAUCCAGGUGUGACCAACGUCAGGUUCCCCGACAGCCAGAUCUGGAGGCCGGACAUCCUGCUGUACAACAGUGCCGAUGAAAGGUUUGAUGCCACCUUCCACACCAACGUCUUGGUGAACUCCACUGGAUACUGCCAGUACCUGCCGCCAGGGAUUUUUAAGAGCACGUGCUACAUCGACGUGCGCUGGUUUCCGUUCGACGUGCAGCGCUGCGACCUGAAGUUCGGCUCGUGGACGUACGGCGGCUGGUCUCUGGACCUGCAGAUGAUCGAGGCCGACAUCACCGGCUACAUCGCCAACGGAGAGUGGGACCUCGUGGGGGUCCCCGGCCGGAGGAACGAGCGUUUCUACGACUGCUGCAAGGAGCCGUACCCGGACGUGACCUUCACCGUGGUGAUGAGGAGGAGGACGCUCUACUACGGCCUCAACCUGCUCAUCCCCUGCGUCCUCAUCUCCACCCUCGCACUCCUCGUCUUCCUCCUGCCCGCCGACUCCGGGGAGAAGAUCUCACUGGGUAUCACGGUGCUUCUCUCUCUGACGGUCUUCAUGUUGCUGGUCGCUGAAAUCAUGCCGGCGACGUCCGACUCUGUUCCUCUCAUAGCUCAGUACUUUGCCACCACCAUGGUGAUCGUGGGUCUGUCGGUCAUCGCCACCGUCCUGGUCCUGCAGUAUCACCACCACGACCCCGACGGAGGACACAUGCCGCGCUGGACCCGUGUGGUUCUGCUGAACUGGUGCGCCUGGUUCCUGAGGAUGCGGCGUCCCGGCGAGGCGAGGGUCCGUCUGGCGUGCCACAACGCCUCCAAGCAGCGCCGCGGCAGCCUGUCCAGCCUGGAGCUCAGCGUCAGCCAGGGCGUGCUGCAGCACCACCCGCAGGUCACCAACGGCAACCUCCUCUACGUCGGUUUCCGCGGCGUCGAGGGGAUGCACUACGGCUCCUCGCCCGAACCCGAGCUGCUGUGCCCCCGGCUGGUCGGCGGCGGCGGUGAGGAGGAGGUGCUGAGAGCAGGAGGAGGAGGACGGAGAGGAGGAGGUGGAGGAGGUGGAGGAGAGGGAGCAGGGGCGUUGGGAGGGAGCUCGGCGCUGGAGACGGAGCUGACCCAGAUCCUGGAGGAGGUGCGCUACAUCGCCAGGCGUUUCCGCGGCCAGGACGAGGAGGAGACGGUGUGCAGCGAGUGGAAGUUUGCGGCGGCGGUGAUCGACCGGCUGUGUCUGAUGGCGUUCUCCAUCUUCACCAUCCUCUGCACCAUCGGCAUCCUCAUGUCGGCUCCCAACUUCGUGGAGGCCAUAUCCAAGGACUUCUUCACCUGAGGAGGAGCAGAAGGAGGCGAGGAGGAGGCAGGGGAGGAGGUGUGGGUGUGGCACUGACUCCUGUUGUCCUCUCUCUGACGCUGUGUGGGGAUCCUACAGUUUAAAGGGGAACUCCCGUGUUUUUUUUUUUUUUAAAUGAGUGCCAACAGGUCAGGUUCCUCCUCAGCUCUGCACACAGUCAGCGAACUUUUCCUUUAUUCUUCAUCAUCCAAUCACAGCAAACUCGGAUAAACCUUCUGUUUCCUCUUCGUUGUACGUCAUCUGUUUGGCUCUGCUUCCUGUCAAUCAGCUGACAGCCGCAGGAAGACAUGGAAGCCUCCUCCAGGAAAUAAUCCCUCAGAAACGCCGGGCUGUCACAGCCACGGCGUUUUAUCUGUUAGUGGCAACAGCAGCUCACUUCAAGGUGGAUUUGACGCUGUAACAUCUGAAUUUAAAAACACCAACCCUCCCAGAAAAAAAAAAAAAACUACUUAUACAUCAAGCAUUUCCAAAAAGAUGAAUGAAAUGUAAACUACAUGUUAACAGAAAUCAGU